AUGUCCGUCGACGUCCACUCAGCGUACCCAGCAAGCCGGCAACCUGCCAACUUGCAGGAUGAAUCCGAUGUCGAAGAAGAGGCCCUGGUAAACAACUAUAAAGAGCAGGUACACUUCGACGAUGGAAUGAGCGAGUUGGAGCACACUACGUCGCUAGGAGCUACUUCACAAUCGCAAGGGAUUCAGGCCCAGCUGGCGGCUGCGGCCACCCCGUUGGAAUUCCAGGCGACCCUCGAAACGAAAUUUGCGAGUUACGAUAACUAUUGCAGUCUGUUUCACUAUAUUUUGAAUUCGGACGGGCCGGUGGAUUUAGAGGUGCCUUCGUAUUACUGGGCAUGGGAUGUGAUUGAUGAGUUCAUCUACCAAUUUGAAUCCUUCUGCCGUUACCGGAAUCGGGUUGCGCGAACCGGGUCGAAUGAAGAGGAAGCACAGCUCUUGCGAGAAAACCCAAACACAUGGGGCUGCUACUCUGUACUCAAUGUCCUCUACUCGCUUAUCCAGCGCUCUCAGAUUAAUGAGCAGCUCGCCGCUAUCAAGGCCAACGAGGACCCAAUGACCGUUGCUGGAGAUUAUGGCUCUCGCCCCCUCUAUCGUAUGCUGGGGUACUUCUCAAUCAUCGGGCUUCUACGUGUCCACUGCUUGUUGGGCGAUUUCAGCCUCGCGCUCAAGACCCUGGAUGACAUUGAAAUGAACAAAAAAGCCAUGUUUGCCCGGGUUAUGGCUGCCCAUUUUACCACGUAUUACUAUGUUGGUUUCUCCUACAUGAUGAUGCGCCGCUAUGCGGACGCCAUCCGCACCUUCAGCCACAUCUUGGUCUACGUCUCGAGAACCAAGAAUUUUCAAAAGGGCCGAGAGAGCUUCGAUGCGAUUGCCAAGAAGAAUGACCAAAUUCUUGCGCUCGUGGCCAUCUGUGUCGGUUUCCACCCUACCCGGCUGGACGAUACCAUCCAUUCCGCCCUGCGUGAAAAGUAUGGCGAUCAGUUCAUCCGUCUACAACGUGGAGGCCCGGAUGCCCUCCCUCUUUUCGAGGAAUUAUUCCGCUCUGCUUGCCCGAAAUUUAUCAGCCCCACUCCCCCAGAUUUUGACAAUCCAUCUCUCAACGUCGACCCUGUCGAUCACUACACAGCUAUCUUUAUGGAUGAAGUCCGUAACACCCUGUGCAACCCAACCGUCAAAUCAUACCUUAAGCUCUAUACAACCAUGGAUUUGAAGAAACUUGCUGGUUUCCUCGACAUUGAACCCGAACAGCUUCGCUCGUGGCUCCUCGUCAACAAGCUUCGCAGCCGGCAAGUCAGAUGGUCCGAAGGCGGUCUUUUGGAGGGUGAAAUUGUCAAUUCCAGCGAUCUGGACUACGCUAUUGAAGGGGAUUUGAUACAUAUCAGCGAAGCUAAAGCUGGAAGAAGAUUGGUGGACUGGUAUUUGCGUAACCUUGCCCGGACUUACUAG